CAGAGGCAUUCAGCAGGUCAUCGAAUUCGGCAGCGAAUCCUGAGCGAGGGGUAGUGGAACAACCAGCACAGCAUUGAACUAUAGUGGUACCCUUAGGUCCUAACGCAAUGGUGCACCCGAUAAUAUAUUUUCCAAUUCAUGUGGUACUUAUUUGUUUGCUAGAAUGGACCCAUAUAUCAGGCUUCAACCUGGAUACCUUGAAUGUCCUGAGGAAAGACGGAGAACCGGGCAGUUUAUUUGGAUUCUCUCUAGCCAUGCACCGGCAACUUAAUCCUUCAGAUAAAACAAUACUGUUGAUUGGAGCACCAAGAGCCAAAGCACUGGCUAACCAGAGAGCCAACAUAACCGGUGGCCUGUACAGUUGUGACAUCACCACCGAAUCCGAUGACUGUCUCCGAAUCGAUUUUGACAAUGAAGAGGAUGUGAGAGUUGAGAACAAGGAGAACCAGUGGAUGGGGGUGACAGUUAACAGCCAGGGCCCCGGAGGGAAGAUUGUGACCUGUGCUCACCGCUAUCAGAGACGUCUGUUUGUGGACACUGCUCAGGAGUCCCGUGACAUCACAGGUCGCUGCUACAUCCUGAGUCAGGACCUCACUAUUGAUGAAUCCUCUGAUGAAGAUGGAGGGAACUGGAGGUUCUGUGAGGGGAGAGCCAGAGGCCAUGAGAGGUUUGGCUCCUGUCAGCAGGGUCUGGCUGCCACUUUCACCAAGGACUACCAUUACGUGGUGUUUGGAGCGCCUGGCGCCUACAACUGGAAAGGCAUUGUACGUGUAGAGCAAAAGAACAACACUUUGUUGGAAAGGGGAUUUUAUGACGACGGACCUUAUGAAGUUGGAGAUGAGAACCGCUUGGAUCCUGACCUGGUGCCUGUGCCUGCUAACAGCUACUUAGGGUUUUCCAUUGAUUCUGGGCAUAGCAUCACCAAGGGGCGUGGCCUGACCAUUGUGUCUGGGGCACCGCGAGCCAAUCACUGUGGGGCUGUGGUCCUGUUGAGAAAGGAGAAUGAAGCGUCCGCAAGACUCUCCCCGGAGUACAUUCUAGAAGGGCCUGGACUGGCAUCUUCUUUUGGAUAUGAUGUAGCUGUGGUCGACCUGAAUGGAGAUGGGUGGCAGGAUAUUGUUGUGGGAGCCCCUCAGUUCUUCAUGAAAGAGGGAGACUUUGGAGGAGCUGUUUAUGUCUACAUCAACCAGGCAGGAAAGUGGGACAAGAUCACCCCAAUCCGCCUCAAUGGAACCAAAGACUCAAUGUUUGGGCUGGCAGUGGAAAACAUCGGUGACAUCAAUCAGGACUCCUAUCAAGACAUUGCUGUUGGAGCGCCCUACGCUGAUGCCGGGGCAGGAAAAGUGUACAUUUACCACGGUUCUGCUAUUGGAAUCAACACCAAGCCGGCACAGAUCCUUGAGGGAAUGCCCAACAACAUCAGAUUAUUUGGAUAUUCUCUGGCUGGGAAUAUGGAUUUAGAUAAGAAUUCCUAUCCUGAUAUAGCUAUUGGGUCUCUCUCAGAUACAGUUCUCGUUUACAGGGCAAGGCCAAUUAUUAGCAUUCAGAAGGAUGUCAAAAUUACUCCAAAGGAAAUUGACCUCACAAAGAAAACCUGUGGCAACAGUAUCUGCUUGACCGUGGAGGCAUGUUUCACCUAUAAAGCAAACCCUGUAUCCUACAGCCCAAAACUAACUAUCCGCUACGCAUUUGAGGGUGAGGCAGAUCGCAGGAAGCAAGGGCUUCCCUCCAGGAUCCUCUUCCUCAACAAGUCUCACACCGACCAGGACUUCCAAUCGACCGGAACUCUGGACCUCCGGGGACAAAACAAAAGAGCUUGCACCAAGACAAAAGUCAAACUGCAGGAUAACAUUAGGGACAAGCUGCGUGGUAUUCCCAUUGAGGUGUCGUUGGGAAUCCAGGGUACCAAGCGGCAGAAGAGGCAGAACGCUCUCCCCCAGCUUGUACCUAUUCUUGACAACUCCCAGCCAAGCAAGGUCGUCACUGAGGUGAACUUCUUAAAGGAGGGAUGCGGAAACGAUAAUAUUUGCCAGAGUAGCUUACAACUGGAGUACAGAUUCUGCUCCAAAGAGCUCAACCAAGAUAUAUUUCCCCCAUUACCUAUGGAGAAUGGGCUACCAGUGAUCUCCCUCAGUGAUCAGAAGGACAUAGCUCUGGAGGUGACAGUGAAGAACAGAAAUGGGGAUGAUGCUCAUGAGGCUAAACUGGUGGGGAUGUUCCCCAACGCUCUCUCAUACUCCGGUUUCCGCUCUCAGAAAAUGACAAGGGAUAAACCGGUUCUCUGUUUAGCCAACCAGAAUGGCUCCCAAACAGAGUGUGAACUGGGGAAUCCAUUCAAAAGAGAUUCAGAGGUUACUUUCUACAUAAUCUUGAGCACUGCUGGUAUCUCUCUCAAUACGGCAGAAAUUAAUAUUGACCUCGAGCUUCAAACGACCAGUACACAGGACAAAAUGGGAAGAGUGAAAGCAAAGGCGAAAGUCGUGAUUGAGCUGUUACUUUCUGUUGCAGGAGUUGCGAGACCCUCCCAGGUGUAUUUUGGGGGUGAUGUGAAAGGAGAGAGUGCCAUCAACACAGAAGAGGAGAUCGGCGGUUUGAUUGAUUAUGAAUUUAAGAUAAUCAAUUUGGGUAAGCCGUUGAAGUCCUUUGGCACAGCCUCGUUGAACAUCCAGUGGCCCAAAGAGAAUGUGGAUGGGAAAUGGCUGUUAUAUCUGGUUAAGAUCAGCAGUACUGGCCUGGAAGAGAUCCCCUGCUCCCCAGAGACUGAGAUCAACUCUCUCAAACACAUUCAGGAGUCCAGCACAUCUAGGAAAAAGCGUGAAGUUGGAGGCAAAAAAUCUGGAAGCAAAAUUACUUUAUUGGACCAAAAAAAGCACAAGAUUUUGAUGUGUGGCAAUGGCUAUGACGCUAGAUGUGUGGUGAUCAAGUGCCCUCUACAGGGCUUGGACAGUAGUGCAGUGAUUGCGCUGCGAUGCCGUCUGUGGAACGCUACCUUCCUUGAGAAUUAUGCCAAUUUGAACUAUCUUGAUAUAAUUGUGAAAGCAUCCAUCAGCCUUGAUGCUCCUGCAAAGAAUAUGGUUCUCAGGAAUGCUGAGACUCAGGUGAGAGUCACGGUGUUUCCAGAGAAGGCAGUAACCCAGUAUGGUGGAGUUCCCUGGUGGAUCAUCCUCGUGGCUGUCCUGGCUGGUAUUCUGAUGUUGGCAUUGCUAGUGUUUCUACUCUGGAAGUGUGGUUUCUUCAAGAGAGCCCCACAAGACCAGUACGAUGCAGCGUAUCACAAGGCUCAGAUCCAUGUUCAGGCCUCUGAUAAAGAGAAACUCACUACUGAGGCAUAGUGCCCGUUCUCUGCGCUCAGACCUGGGUGUGGAUUUUUCAAACGUUCUGAACACGAGGACAGCGUUCCAAUAUACCAUGCUGUACGGAUAAGGAAAGAGGCUCGUCAGUUCAAAGACAGGAAAGCCAAGCUGCAUUCCUUUGAGAAAAAGCAGUGGGUGACAAGCUGGAAUGAGAAUGAGAACUACUCAUAAGACACUUGACUGUUGGGAUGCUGUCAGAGACAAGAAUCUCCCAUUUUUUUCUAAACAUCCCAGUGUCACGAACCCAUUGAUCUUAGUUAUUUAUUUUUGUAAAGUCUAAACUCAAUUGACUGCAUUUGUGAAGCAAACUCCAAAAAUGUGUCCUAUCCUGUGUCCUAUCCUGAGGAAAUGAGAAGCAUCAUAUCUUACAAUUCAUUUUCUCUGAAUUGGGACUUUUUAAACGAAUUAUCUGCCAUUGAUACAUUUUUUUUUUUUUAGCAUAAACAGUUUCAAUCCAAUGUUUACCUGAAGAUAAUCUUUUUUUUGCAGUCACUUUUGUCCAAUCUAAUGAACUGUAUAGACUGGAACAUUUUGUAUGUUUGUAUAUAUUUAAAUACUUUAGCACACUGUAUAUUUAUUUUAGUCAUUAUUUGAAAAAAAAAAAAAUGCAUUGGCCAAAUACUUAAAAAAAAUAAAUCUAAACGUUACUUUUCAGUAAGGGCAAAUGUUACUGAUGAUUUUCUAGUGCUACACAGACUAAAAAGUAGCUACAGGUAUUAGGCAAAUAAUAUUGUCAUUGGGACUCAUUUCUUUGCACUUGCUUUGAUUAUAAAAAAGGUAAUUCAAUACACGCUAUUAGAUAUAAAUCAGUUAAGAGUUUUGAGUUAGAACUAUGAUUCACACCAUACCUUUGUUUAUCCCCCUGUACUGGGAUAUGCUUCAGUUAACAGCAAUGCAGCUGGGACAACUGGAGCCAACAAGCAAUAAAAUGCUAAUUAUUGUUUAGCUAAUUGUAUUUGAAGGAUGUGUGGGUCUUGAAGAUGACACAAAAUACGCACCAAAAUGCAGAUUUGAGAAACAUUGUGAUCUUGUUGAUGAAUAACCGGCAUCGUUGUUCACUUGUGGUUAUGGCCAGGUCCAGGGAAUGGAGUUUGGACACUCCAAAUUGGUUGUUCACACAUAAUAGGUUCACUGUGAUAAGAGGUGCAACUAAACUAUCAUUGUUCGCAUUUAAAUCUAAAUGUAUGUUUUAUGUGAUUGAAAAAUUUAGUAGCCCUACCUAAAAAAAAAGGGGGGGGGGGGGGAAUUAUGUAAAUCACUGGCUAUUCAUUCCUCAAUUCAGAUGUUUUUAAUACUGUGCAAAUUGCAAUAAAUUGAGAAAU